GCAACAGCAGCAGCAGCAGCAGCAGCAGCAGCAGCUUCAACAGCAACAGCAGCCGCAACAGCCGCAGCCAUAUCCGGGCGCUAGCGCCGUGGCGGCUGCUGCAGCGGCCGCUGCCGGUCAUCCGGGCGUGCCAUAUCCACGCUCCAUGCACGCGGCCCAGAUGCACUAUUCGACGGCAUAUCCGCCCAACUAUUAUACGCCGUAUCCGGGCGAGGUCAUGUGCUAUUCGCCGCCUGCGUAUCAGCCCUAUUUCACUAGCAAGGUCUAUCAGAGCGGACCGCCGCCGCCCACGCAUCCGGGCGCACAUCCACCGCCGCCGCCGCCGCCGGGCGCCUAUCGACGCUAUCCGUACUAUCAGCACGCUGGGCCACCGCAUCCGCCGCCGCCGGAGCUAUACGAACAGCAACCGCCGCCGCCGCCGCCACCGCAAGGUGUGCCACAGCCGCCGCCGCCGCAGCAACAGCAGCCGGUCUCGAUUGCCGCAGCGGCCGCAGCUGCCGCCGCCGCAGCAGCUGCAGCAGCAGCAGCCGGUGCCACGCCCGCUCCCGCCGGCACCCAGCUGGUGCCCGCCCACCAGCACCAACAGCACCUGGAGCACUAUCCCGGACCGCCCAGCUACUACGCCGGCUACAGUCCAGGAGGCGCCAGCGCCGCCGGCCAGUGCUACACGCGCGGUCUGCAGGGUCCGUAUAUGGAGUAUCCGCCGCAGUGUCCGUGUCCAAUGCAACAAUCGUGUCCAAAAAACGUCCAUACUGGGCCUCAUAUUGGUAGCAACAGCAGCAGCAGCAGCAGCAGCAGCAGCCACAACAACAGCAGCAGCAACUGUUCCACGCACAAGACGAGCAGCAGCAGCAACAGUUUGCUGCUGAAUGCUACGAGCAACAGCAGCAGCAACAGCAGCAGCAACAGCAACAGCAACAGCAACAGCAAUAUGCCUGUGCAUGGCAGCAUGCCGAGCAGCGAUGGCAGCAACAGCAACAGCUUGACUUCCAGCGACUGCAACAGCAGCAAUACCUUAGCAGCAACAGCGAUAACAACGACAGCAACAGCAACAACAGCAACAGAAACAGCGCUGACUACCAGUAGAGGCCCAGUUAAAAAUGGCAACAACGAGAGGAGCAAGACGACAAGCAGAGACACGACAACAAUGACAACGACAACGCCGACGGCGACGGCAGCAACGAAUACGACGGCAACAGUUGCAUCCGUGGCCACGUCGGCCACAACGACCACCAACAACAUGGGCACCCAGUGCCAGAUGCUGCUCAAAACGGAGCUCAAGAGCGACGCCGAGUGCCAAGUGACCAAAAUGCAGUACGAGGCGCAUGUGAUGCCGCCGCCGACGCCGCCGGAGAGCUACUGCGCCAGCGACGACAAGUUGCUGGAGGAGCACGAGCAGGAGCAUGAGCUCGACCAGCAGCAACAGCUGCAGCAGCAACAUCCAAAGGACAUUGAAUCCUACGAUCUAACCGGCAGCACGCCGCCGCCGCCAGUUGUGCUGCCGCGUAAGGCGCGCAUUGGCAAGAGCAUGGCCAGGGAAAUGGUCUAUGCGGCGCAGCAGCAACAGCUGCUGCUCAAACAACAGCAACAUAAACCACAUCAAGAGCAACAGCAACAGCAACAGCUUCUGAGCAAGCAGGCUGAGGCCGAACCACAAUUGCCUUUUGUACUUAAAGCAGAAAUCAAAGCGGAAACCAAAAUCAAAAUCGAACACGACGAGCUGGCGACAGCAGCAGCAGUUGCCGCUGCCUCAGCAGCUAUAACGGCGGCAACAUGCAACACACAUAUCAGCAAAAUGCCGGAUCUGAAGCCCACAAUUAAAACGGAGCCGGAGCUCGACUUGGACACUCAAAAGCCAAUGCAGCUGCAGCAGGAUAAUGAACAGCAGCAGCAACAAUUGCCGCCCGCCGACAGCAGCAGCAGCAGCAGCAGCGUUGCCAAGCAGCGCAUCAAUUUGCUGGCAUCGGCGACGCAGGGCAAAAAGUCAAAGCCUCACAGCUAUAAGAGUCUCAUCAAGCAGGCGGAGCCAAAGAACUAUCUGUGUCCAGGCAGCAAAUUCGUGCGACGCUACGGCCGGACGCCGGCCAAAUAUGUUAAGCGGCGGCGGCAAAUGUUGCUGACGCAGCGGCAGCAACUGUUGCGGCGCGAGCAAUUGCAGCAACGCAAACAGCAGCAGCAGCAGCAGCAGCAGUUGCAGGCGCAGCAGCAGCAGCAGCAGCAGCAGUCGCAGGCGCAAACGACAGCAGCAACACAGCCAACAGCAGCAGCAGCAACAGCUGCUGAUGAGGCAGCUGCAACGACAGCAACAUUGGCCUUAGCCAGCAAUUGUUCGCCCAGCGCAUCGCCUAAGCGUGCGAGGCCGCGCAAGCAAGCGAUUGCUGCGCUGCAUCUGCUGAACGGCUUGGAUACGACGCUGACGCGUGGCUAUUUUAGCGAUCCGGAGCUGAACAGCAGCAGCAGCAGCAACAACAACAACAACAACAACAACAACAACAGCAGCAAUCACAAUCGCAGCGCGGCAACUGCUGGGCUGUACGCGCCGGCAAUACCGUCGCCGUUGCUGGCGCCGCAGGCGACGUCGGUCAGCGAGAAGCGUUCCAAGUCGGAGACAAAGAAGCCGCUAAAUCAAGCGAGUUGUGCGGCCAGCGUUGUGUUGGCGUCGCUGGCGACGACGACGGCAGCAACGCUGCCAACACAGUCUACUACCUCAGCUGGCGUUGAGCCGCCGGCCAAAAAGGCGCGCAAGCAGCCGGCCAAGGCCAAGGCCAAGGCCAGGCCGACAACGGCCAAGAGCCGAAAAGCGGCAGCAGCAGCAGCAACGAUUGCUGUUGCAACAGUAACAGCAACAGCUGCUGCCGAGACCAACAACAAUGAGUAUCAAACGGCAGAUUUGCAGGUGCAAAAACUGAAUGCCACGCCCACAGUGCCAGUUGCUGCUGCUGCUGUGCACGAAAUGUUGCCAGCAACAGCAGCAACGACAACAGCAACAGCAGCAGCAGCAGCACAGUCGCAGCAACAUUCCGAUGAGCAACACAAGUUCCUGGUGCCCCACAAGCCAAUUGAGGCACCAACAACGCUCGCAGCAACAGCAACAGCAACAGCAACAGCGGCAUCCACAGCAACACGACACGCGCCGACGGCAACGCACACGAAACGCGCGCGUUCGCGUUGCAAAUUCGGCAAUCGCAAGAAGCAGCGACAGCGGCCCAGCGGCGUCAGCCACGAGCUGGACGAGACACAGCCGCCGGCAACGCGCGCCAACGUGGUGCCCAAGUGGAACAACGGCUGGAUGUGGGCGGGCAAAGCGUUCCAGGGCCCAGUGUUUCUCAACAGCGAUGAUCCGUUGGUGCUGCGCACCUGCUACCCAGCCAUGCGGCAUGUGGAGGGCGACAUUAUUCGGACACGCGACUGCGUCCUGCUGAAGGCCAACGAGGACAACGAGCUGCCCUAUGUGGCCAAGGUGGCGCAUCUAUGGCAGAAUCCCGAGGAUGGUGAAAUGAUGAUGUCACUUCUAUGGUACUAUCGCCCAGAGCACACGGACCAGGGCCGGCAGCGCAACGACUGCCCCGAUGAGGUUUACGCGUCGCGGCAUCGGGACCACAAUUCGGUAGCCUGCAUCGAGGACAAGUGCUACGUGCUGACCUUUAGCGAGUACUGCAGAUAUCGACGACGUCUGCGCGCCGCCGAGGAGGACGUGGAGGAUGUGAGCAUUGUGCCGCGUCGCAGCAAUACAAGCAAUUGCUUUGCGGUGCGCACCGUGCCGGACCAAACCAAUCCGGAGCUGGUGAUGUUCUGUCGACGCGCCUACGAAUUCCGCACGCGUCGCCUGCUCAAGCUGCCGCAGAAGAACGCGCUGGUGUGCAGCUAGCGCCGGGCAUCUUAGGGCCAUGCCCUAAGCGAGCAUCAAAUCAGAGUUGCGAAUGCAUUGAACGCAUUGGAAAGCGGCUUUUGUCUGCAGGGAUCAGGCACAGCCCGAACAGUCUGGAUGAAGGUCACCGACAGGCCAAGACAAAACAUAUAAAGAAAACACUCACACACACACACACACACAUACACAAACACACACACGACCAAAAUGAGGAGAGCAAAAUGAAUGAAUGGAACUGGUUGGAACACACGCAGUUUAAUUUCAAGCAAAUCUUUGUAUUACAUAACUUCUUAUUUAUUAUGCGCCCAACAACAACAACCAAACCCACACACACACACACACACACACACUCACUCACACCACUGGUUACUAAGUUAAAUGUAUUUAUUAUUAUUAAGUUUAGUCAGCAAUCUUCUUUCUGCUCCUUUACUCUAAAUGUGUAUAUGCUUUUAUGAUUUGUUAACUUCUCCUCCGGACGCUACUCUAUUCGAAAACGAAAAAAAAAAAAAACAUUAACUAAUGCUCAGGCAAACACUUUGCGCACACUCGGGCGACUCGUGAAGCGAGUUGAAAAA